GGAGGCAGCAGUGAGCAGCAGCAAAAGGCAAAUGAUGGUGGCGCAGCGACAACAGAUAUGCCUCCGCCACCUAAAAAAGCACCUGAGCCAGAUCUUGAUUGAGUCUUCUUCCUCUCGCACAUAA